AUGCUGUACCUGGAGGAUUACCUGGAGAUGAUCGAGCAGCUUCCCAUGGAUCUGCGCGACAGGUUUACGGAAAUGCGGGAGAUGGACCUGCAGGUGCAGAAUGCAAUGGACCAGUUAGAACAGCGAGUUGGAGAAUUUUUUUCUAAUGCCAAGAAGAACAAACCUGAAUGGAGGGAAGAACAAAUGACGGCUAUUAAAAAAGAUUAUUUUAAAGCCUUGGAAGAUGCAGAUGAGAAAGUGCAGCUAGCAAAUCAAAUUUAUGAUUUGGUAGACCGUCAUUUGAGAAAACUUGACCAAGAACUGGCAAAAUUUAAGAUGGAACUGGAGGCUGAUAAUGCUGGCAUUACUGAAAUAUUGGAAAGAAGGUCGUUAGAACUAGACACGCCAUCUCAGCCUGUGAAUAACCACCAUGCUCAUUCUCAUUCUUCAGGAGAGAAAAGGAAGCACAAUCCAUCAUCCCAUCAUUCUACUACAGACCAUGUACCAGAGAAAAAAUUCAAGUCUGAGGCGUUGUUAUCAACACUUACUUCUGAUGCAUCUAAAGAAAAUACUCCAGGGUGUAGAAAUACUUUGGCCUCCACUACUACUAACGUUUACAAUGUGAAUUCCACCCAGCCACUGGCGUCCUAUAACUUGAGUUCUCUUUCAAGUGGAGCUGCUACAGGGGCUGGAGCUGGAGCCAUUACCAUGGCUGCUGCUCAAGCAGUUCAAGCCACUGCACAGAUGAAAGAAGGAAGGAGAACAUCCAGUAUGAAAGCCAGUUACGAGGCCUUUAAAAAUAACGACUUUCAACUUGGGAGAGAGUUCUUGUCUAGAGACUCUACAAGUUAUUCCUCUUCAGCCUUGGCUUCUACACUAACACAGACCUUGACAUCUUCAGCAACCACAGACUCGAGAAGUGGGCGGAAAAACAAAAGCAAUAAUAAAUCUUCAAGCCAACAAUCUUCCUCGUCAUCUUCUUCCUCAUCAUUAUCCUCUUGCUCGUCAUCAUCAGCUCUAGCACAUGAGCUGUCACAUCAACAAACAGCAGCUAUUCCAGAGUCAGAUUCGAAUAACCAAGUUGACUGGACAUAUGAUCCCAAUGAACCCCGUUAUUGCAUCUGUAAUCAGGUCUCUUAUGGUGAGAUGGUAGGCUGCGAUAACCAAGAUUGCCCCAUUGAAUGGUUUCAUUAUGGAUGUGUAGGAUUAUCAGAAGCUCCCAAAGGGAAGUGGUAUUGUCCACAGUGCACAGCUGCCAUGAAAAGAAGAGGAAGCAGACAUAAAUAA